UAUCUCAUCGCGGAAAUUUCUCCAUAAUUUCAUUGAUAUGGAAUUGGUCCCUGAGAAACAUGCACAUCUAAAUGUGCUGCCCAGCUCCCGCACGUGACCGUGCAGACGCCCCACGUUGCUUCUCCCUACUGGAGACAUCCCUCCAUACCGACAUUUUGGUAACUUCCUCCCUCGCAAAUUUGACGGCAAAUCGACCGUUUCGCACCCCAUCACGGCACGUCACUACAAAUCAGCUGCAAGAAUGGAUGCCGCUGAUACAGCUGACCAGCCUGCAUGGUCGUCUUUCUCCAAUUUCUUACAAGCGUCUGCGCGGGUACUCUGUCUCGUAGGUGCCGGGCUCAGCGCACCAUCUGGACUUGCUACCUGGCGCGGAGCAAAUGGAUUGUGGAACGAUAUCAACUUAAGAGAACUUGCGUCGCCCCAAAAAUUCCGCGAAGAUCCUGUCACAGUAUGGCGCUUUUAUGGCGAACGUUUGCUCGAGACAUUGGCAGCCCAACCAAAUGCAGCCCAUCAUGCAUUAGCGAGUCUUGCCAGGCGACAUGCGGCGUGGCUUACCGUCAACCAAAAUGUGGAUGGACUUCUUGAACAAACGGCUCAUCCAAUAUCCAUGCUUCGCAGCAUUCACGGCCAGCUGAGGAUUGUACGGUGUACUGCGUGCGACUACAAAAUUGAGAUCACAAGGCCACAUGACAUUCCAUUCCUACAAUUGCUGUCCAAGCCCGGCGAUGAGUCGCGAGCGCUGGGAUUGAGCGACCUUCCGCAUUGUCCUUAUUGUUCGAAGUUGCUGCGGCCAGGAGUCGUCUGGUUUGGCGAGAAACUCGCAGCUGGGGCACCGGACUCAAUUGAUGAAUGGAUUUCAGAAGGACCUAUCGACUUAGUUAUAGCAGCUGGAACAAGUCUCCAGGUCUUUCCAGCUGCCGAAUGGGUAUACAUUGCGCAAGCUCACGGAGCUGCUUUGGCUGUAAUAGACCUUGAUGACCACCUGCCGAACGAGAAUCUUGAGGUCGAUUGGUUCUUCAAGGGCAAUAUCGAAGUAACACUGCCAGAAGUUGUGAAUAUGAUGAGCAUUUAG